AUGUCUGGUGUAGAAUUUGGGUCCUCUAUGAAAAAAGAAUGUUUCCAUUUUCAGGAAGGGUAUACUUUUGUUAAUCACGGUUCUUUUGGCGCAGUUCCUUUAGUAAUACAGGAGAAACAAAGAAGGCUUCUGGAUGAGUCAAAUAAAAAUCCCGAUAUAUUUUUCAGAAAAAGAGAAAAAAUGCUUUACUUGGAAGCCAGAGAUGUUGCUUCAAGAUUUUUAGGCGCUAAACCGGAAAAUUUAGUUUUUGUAACAAAUACAACGAAAGGUGUAAAUUGUGUUCUUCGAUCUCUGCCUUGGAAGAAAGGAGAUGGUAUUUUAACAACCAAUUUCACCUUUCCGGCCAAUAUCAAGGCUUGUCAAAGAUUGACUCAGUAUUCGGCUGGGGGACAUUUUUACCAAUUCGAGAUACGGCUUCCUAUUAGGCACGAAGCAGAAGUGGUGAGAAAUAUGACGUCAUAUCUCGACAAAUUCAGCAAUAUUCGAUUAAUUGAUCACAUAAGUAGUCCAACGGCUCUGGUAUUCCCUCUGAAAGAGAUGAUAGCUGAAUGCAGAAAAAGAAAUGUUCUCAUUUUAGUAGACGGAGCCCAUGCUUUAGGACAGAUAGCGGUGAAUCUUGAGGACCUAAGACCUGACUUCUACAUAGGGAACUUCUACAAAUGGUUAUAUUCACCUCGUGGGUGUGCUGUACUGUGGGUGGCAGGGGAACAUCAAACAUGGUGUACUCCGCUUGCAACAUCAGUUAUGUACAGGGAAGGCUUUCAGUUAGAGUUCAUGAUGCAAGGAACGCGUGACAAUAUACCUUAUUACUUAGUACCUGCCGCACUGAAGUUUUACAAGGAUAUUGGAGGAAUGGAGAAGAUAAACAGAUACACGGUGAACCUCCUGGAGAAGGCAUGUUUAUUAUUGGAGGAGAUAUUGGGUACAACAGGUGUGGGGAUCCCGGACUCCAUGAAAGCUCCGAGAAUUAGACUUGUCCCACUGCCGCAGUAUGAAGAAUACCAAGCUACAACUGAUGGAGCAAAACAACUAAAUCUAGAUAUAAUGGAGAAACAUAACGUUAUCUGUUUAGUGUGUGCUGUUCAGAAUCAGCUAUAUCUGAGACUAUCGGCAAAUAUCUACAACGAACUGUCAGAUUAUGAAAGAUUGGCAGAGGUUUUAUGUGAAUUAAGACGACCACGAAUCACAAAGAAAGCCAUAAUGUUAUGGAAAUCUAACCUGUAGUACCAGUAUAUUAUCUUUAUACAAUUAGAUAUAUAGAGGACAAUGUAUUGUAGUUG